GGUGAGAGAGAGGAUAGUGAAUCUGGUCUCUUUUGAAUUGAUGCCGGCGAGUUGGAAUAUGUAUUUCUCUCGUCGUGGUCCACACAAAGGUCAUGUGCAGAGAUUUCAAUUACACUCGCACGAUUGGGGCCUCGUUGCUAUUCCCCUAAGUGCAGGUAUAUCCCUAAUGGAAGGAGGUUGAUCGCUAAAAGCAAGGUUAAGCGUACCGCGAUCAGGGCCCGCAGGAGUUCGAGAUUUGAAUGGUUCGGUUGGUUCGGUUGACUGUCGGGGGGCGUAGUUGGACGUGGUCUGUCCUUGGAGGCAAAGGGCGGAAGAUGGUAUGGCUUAUGUUAUGGAAUCGCAGGCAUAGGGCAGGCGGACUACUGCUGGCACUGCUAUGAAUGAUGUUGGGCGCAGCUCCUGCAAGGCACAGCUCGCUGAGUCCUGCCUGUGCUCUCCCACCUUUCUGCCCGCGCUAUACCAUACCAACUGUGCCUGUGCGGUACUACAGUGGCAUAGUGGCCUUCUACACUACACCCACCAUUCCGUCACAAGCCUGAGCGCUCUACUGUACCUUUCCGCUACCCCUCCGAUUUCAGACGCCCUCAUCUAUAUAGCCUUACCACCCGGUCAUCCCCUCACUUCGCCAUGUCUGCUCAGAAAGGCCCCGGGGCCCAGGAGAAGCACGAUGGCUCCGACCUCCGAAUUGCGAUCGUCCAUGCACGCUGGAACAGCACCAUCAUCGACGCCCUGGUCGCUGGGGCAAAGAAAACGAUGCUGGCUUCGGGUGUGAAGGAGGAGAACAUUGUGAUCGAAUCUGUCCCUGGGUCAUACGAACUUCCUCUCGCGGUCCAGCGUAUUUAUGCUGCAUCGCAAGUCCAAAGCGCUGCCAGCACUGUUGCCGGCGGUAUGGGCAGUCUCGCCAGUGGCAUUGGCGAUUUACUGGGCGGGAGCAAUUCCACAACCGAUUUACAAGGAAGUUUGCAGCCUGGCCCUCCGGAGCCCGAAAAGCCCGAGACGAAAGGAUCGAGACAUGCCUUCGACGCCAUCAUCGCAAUUGGUGUUCUUAUUAAGGGAGAAACCAUGCAUUUUGAAUACAUUGCGGAUGCUGUCAGUCAUGGACUGAUGAGGGUGCAGCUGGACACUGGAGUGCCCGUUAUCUUCGGUCUCUUGACAGUCCUGAACCUGGGGCAGGGCCUUGCAAGAGCGGGUCUCGAAGGAGGCACUGGCGAUGAAGCCAAAGGACAUAACCAUGGAGAGGACUGGGGAAAUGCCGCUGUUGAGCUCGGGGUCAAGCGGAAGGCUUGGGGACAGGGCAAGAUUGCAGGAUCGUAAUGCGACGAUGCCGAUGCAUUCCUGCUCGUAUCCUCUCCGAACACCAGAAUCUCCAUUUUGGGAGGAAUACGGUUUUAUGCCACGAAUUUAUUGGCGCAGGAACGGAGGCAGAACAGAGUCUGUUUUGGAUACAAUGCGCCUCUCUGCCACGGGACACUAGACCUUGAGACCGCCUGGUACGCCAGCAAUGCUACAAAACUGCAAAGACAGUGACUUAGUGUUAUCACUCCUGCAUGGCAUCCCCUUCUCCUUCUUCCUCGUCCUCGUCAUCGUCUCCCUCCAAGCUCUUCUUUGCGGCCUUUUCGGCCUCCUCCAGUAGUUCUUGAGGGACAUGCUGAUGUCGACCUUUGGUUGGCCCAUCUAGCGUCGAGAUCCAUGUCAUCUCAAGUUCGAAUUCCUUGUCCUUGGAAUCUUCGUGUGCGACGUAAAUAAUGCGGGCAGCUUCCAUCACAGCAUCCUUGAGCGUCAGAGAGCAAUUCGUACACCGUUCGCCAGGUUUCUUGGUGAUAUACGUACCCAGUAUAAUCCACUAGGCUCAAUCAUGUAGAGACCUGGCCCUCCUCUCUUGACAGCCUCGCCCUCGACCUUCCCACCGGCGCCAACUGAAGGUCCAAGCCCGACUUGCCCGUCCACACCAAGUUCGGCCUCGGAAUCCCAACCUCCAAGGAUUGCUGUCACGCCAAACGGUCGUACACUGGAGUAAAGGGUGUAGGCUUGGACAUAUCCGCCCAUCCUCGAGGCCAGCGCCUGGACUGGGAUGGGACCUUUGUAUGUUUGUCUCCAGCUGCUGGCCUCGUCUCUUGCUCUGCUGAUCAGAUGACGACCAUCUGGUAAUAACCCGGAGCACACGACACCAGCAUGGCGAUCUACUGUAGAUAUUCUCAUAUUGGCACCGGG